GAGAGCCCCCCGGUGGGGACGACCGAGGAGAGCGCCCUUCCCCCCGCGCGCUGAUUGCUGUGGCGUCCCGCCCGUCCCCGCCCGCGUGUGUGGGAGCUAGAGCCAGUGCGCUGGGUCGGCCCGAUGGGGGUAAUCGAGGGUUUCGGGGACGCCGAGCGGCAUUUUCCUCUUCCCAGUGAGUGAGGGAGGGAAGUCGGCGGCUCUCGCGCCCGGCCACUUUCUCUGCGCGAUUCCCCGAGCUCCCUGCAGGAGGUGAAAGUCCCCGGCGGGUCCGGAUGGCGUAGUUGCGCCGCGGCGCAGCAGCUGCUGGAGCUCGCGGCCGCCGAGCGCUGGGCGGGGAAACUUUGCUGUGCUUUCCUCCAACUUGCCGCGGGUGGGUCUGCGCUUGACACACCGCCUCCGAGGAGAUUUGAAAAUUGCUAAGAGGAAUUUUAAGACCACUUCUGAUUUGCAAAGAUCGUCUGCUUUCUGAAGAACAGCAGGCAGAGGUGACUAGACAAGACACACUGUUGGAGAAUAAAAAUGACUUCCCAUUACGUGGUCACCAUCUUGGCCCUGAUGAGCUCCUCUUUAGCCACGGCAGGUCCAGAGCCUGGCGCCCAGUGUGAACUGUCACCUGUCAAUGCCUCCCAUCCUGUCCAGGCCCUGAUGGAGAGCUUCACCGUCCUGUCAGGCUGUGCCAGCAGAGGCACGACUGGGCUGCCGCAGGAGGUUCAUGUCCUGAACCUCCGCACCGCGGACCAGGGGCCCGGCCAGCCACACAGAGAGGUCACUCUACACCUGAAUCCCAUCUCCUCAGUUCACAUUCACCACAAGCCUGUCGUGUUCCUUCUCAACUCCCCACAGCCCCUGGUCUGGCAUCUGAAGACGGAGAGACUUGCCACUGGAGUCUCUAGACUUUUCUUGGUGUCUGAGGGUUCUGUGGUCCAGUUUUCAUCAGGAAACUUCUCCUUGACAGCAGAAACAGAAGAAAGGAACUUCCCCCAUGGAAAUGAACAUCUGUUGAAUUGGGCCCGAAAGGAGUAUGGAGCAGUUACUUCAUUCACGGAACUCAAGAUAGCAAGAAACAUUUAUAUUAAAGUGGGGGAAGAUCAAGUGUUCCCUCCCAAGUGCAACAUAGGGAAGAAUUUUCUCUCGCUCAAUUACCUUGCUGAGUACCUUCAACCCAAAGCAGCAGAAGGGUGUGUGCUGUCCAGCCAGCCCCAGGAUAAGGAAGUACACAUCAUCGAGUUAAUCACGCCCAACUCCAACCCCUACAGUGCUUUCCAGGUGGAUAUAAUAAUUGAUAUAAGACCUUCUCGAGAGGAUCCUGAGGUGGUCAAAAAUCUCAUCCUGAUCUUGAAGUGCAAAAAAUCUGUCAACUGGGUGAUCAAAUCUUUUGAUGUUAAAGGAAACCUGAAAGUCAUUGCUCCUAACAGUAUUGGCUUUGGGAAAGAGAGUGAAAGAUCCAUGACAAUGACCAAAUCAAUAAGAGAUGACGUUCCUUCAACACAAGGGAAUCUGAUGAAGUGGGCUUUGGACAAUGGGUAUAGUCCAGUAACAUCGUACACAAUGGCUCCUGUGGCUAAUAGAUUUCACCUUCGGCUUGAAAACAAUGAGGAGAUGAGAGAUGAGGAAGUCCAUACCAUCCCUCCCGAGCUGCGGAUCCUGCUGGACCCCGGCACCCUGCCUGCCCUGCAGAACCCACCCAUCCGGGGUGGGGGAGGCCGAAGUGGAGGCCUCCCCUUUCCUUUCCCUGAUAUCUCCAGGAGAGGCUGGAAGGAAGGGGGAGAAGAUGGGAUCCCCCGGCCAAGGGACCCUGCCAUCCCCAGCAUACAGCUGUUUCCUGGCCCCAGAGAACCGGAAGAGGUGCACGGAAGCAUGGAUGUCGCCCUGUCAGUCAAAUGUGACAACGAGAAGAUGAUCGUGGCUGUAGAAAAAGAUUCUUUUCAGGCCAAUGGCUACCCAGGGAUGGAGCUCACCUUGUUGGAUCCUGCCUGCAAGGCCAGGAUGAAUGGCACCCACUUCGUUUUGGAGUCUCCCCUAAAUGGUUGCGGUACUCGGCACCGGCGGUCAGCCCCCGAUGGUGUGGUUUACUAUAACUCCAUUGUAAUACAGGUUCCCUCCCCUGGGGAUAGUAGUGGUUGGCCAGAUGGUUAUGAAGAUUUGGAGUCAGGUGAUAAUGGAUUUCCAGGAGAUAUAGAUGAAGGAGAUGCUUCCUUAUUCAGCCGACCUGAAAUUGUGUUUAAUUGCAGCCUGCGGCAGGUGAGGAAUCCCAGUAGCUUCCAGGACCAGCUCCACGGAAACAUCACCUUCAACAUGGAGCUCUACAACACUGACCUCUUUCUGGUGCCCUCCCAGGGGGUCUUCUCUGUGGCAGAGAAUGGACAGGUUUAUGUUGAGGUAUCUGUUACUAAGGCUGACCAGGAACUGGGGUUUGCUAUCCAAACAUGCUUUAUCUCUCCGUAUUCAAACCCCGAUAGGAUGUCUGAUUAUACUAUCAUUGAGAACAUUUGUCCUAAAGAUGAAUCUGUGAAAUUCUACAGUCCCAAAAGAGUGCGCUUUCCUAUCCCACAAGCUGAGAUGGAUAAGAAGCGAUUCAGCUUCGUCUUCAAGCCUGUCUUCAACACCUCGCUGCUCUUUCUACAGUGUGAGCUUACUCUGUGUACCAAGAAGGAGAAGGACCCCCAGAAGUUGCCUAAGUGCGUGCCGCCCGAUGAAGCCUGCACCUCGCUGGAUGCCUCGAUGAUCUGGGCCAUGAUGCAGAAUAAGAAGACGUUCACCAAGCCCCUGGCUGUGAUCCACCACGAAGGAGAAUUGAAAGAAAAAGGUCCAAGCAUUAAGGAACCAAAUCCAAUUCCUCCACCAAUUUUCCAUGGUCUGGACACCCUAACCGUGAUGGGCAUUGCAUUUGCAGCAUUUGUGAUCGGAGCACUCCUGACGGGGGCCUUGUGGUACAUCUAUUCUCACACAGGGGAGACAGCAGGAAGGCAGCAAGUCCCCACGUCCCCGCCGGCCUCAGAGAACAGCAGCGCGGCGCACAGCAUUGGCAGCACCCAGAGCACGCCCUGCUCCAGCAGCAGCACCGCCUAGCCCGGCCGGCCUCUGCCAGGGUGGGGCCGAUGCUGAGCCUCCAGCUCCGAAGGCUGAAUUUCGGUUCCCUUGUAAAGAAAGAGUGACUUGCAGUAUAAAGAUCACCCGUUGUAUUCACCCCCCCCCCCACCCAGGGCUAAUGUAGAAUCCACGUGAAAAAGCUAAGGGGGGUGGCCUUCUCCACCAGCCCUCACAGGCCUGGGGGUUUUCAAUGUGAAACACGUGCCAGUUUUUAAAAUGCUGCUUUGUCCCGUUGAGAACAUCCAUAAUUGGGGGCCCUGAGUUUUACCCAGACUCAAGGAGUUUGUAAAAAGGAUAAUAGCCAGAUAGUAGAACCAGUGAGGAGAUGUGGCCAAAGAUUCUUUUAUGUCUGAACCAAGAUGUAAAACAAAAGAAAUGCUUCAAGGCUUUGUAAGCGUUCCUCCAUGUCUAACACGCACCUUUGCGGGAUGCACACUUCUGACCUUGCUGCCACACCCCGUGGGGUCUGACUCGUCUCCAGGGGUGCCGCCCUUGGGGACUGCAUCCUGACUGCAGCAAGGCAACAUUCCUUUCUUGUGCCCUGGGCCAAAACCAAUGCUGAUUACCUUAUCAGCUUCCUGUUUAUUCCCGUACU